AUGAGGCGCACGAGGAGACGCGGCGCCUCCUCGUUGUGUAUUGUUGAUGAGAUGUGUGUGCGUAGAGUCGCUGGGCGACGGGCUGGAGCGCGUGGUGGGGGACGAGGCGCACGAGGAGACGCGGCGCCGCCUCGUUGUGUAUUGUUGAUGAGAUGUGUGUGCGUAGAGUCGCUGGGCGACGGGCUGGAGCACGUGGUGGGGGACGAGGCGCACGAGGAGACGCGGCGCCGCCUCGUUGUGUAUUGUUAA